AUGCGAGGCUGGUGCGCUCGGUGGAGCGGCGGCGGACGCGCCCGCCUUCGCUGGCUCGCCGCGUUGCUCUGCUGGGCCGCACUGGCUGCUGUAGCCUUGCCGCGGCUGCAGGUGUCGCCCGCACCACGUCCGGCGCCUCCGGCUCCUCCGGCACGACUGCUGCUCCAGUCAGAAGCAGCCGCCUCUACUCCCGCGAUAGUCACGCAACCGCUCCCCGCCACGGACACGCGCGUGCUUACCGAAGAUGAACUACGAGCCGACGCGGAACGUCGCCUCCCUUCUCUACCCCUCGCCUACUGGCACCGCCACAAGGACGACAAGAACAAAUUUUACAAGAAGAAAGACUGCGCCCCAUUCCCUUCGAUAUACGACUUAGAAUUCCACAACACGUAUUGGCAGACCCUUAGAGCCAGCGAAGGCGUGUUCCACUUUUACGGGGCGUACAUGGACGCGCGGAACACGUCCCGCAUAGGACCGGCGGUGAGGGUACUUGCUGUUCACGACAGAAUCAAACCCGCGCUCGCCACUCACUGCCAGCUCUGGUUUGAGGAACGCGAGGCGCCUGUAGUUGUUCGCAAUUUAGAGUAUAAAUACGUGUGGAACAGCAAAUGGGGCAACUAUAGAGAUCACGUGCUGCAGCCCUACCUAUUAGCCUGCGUACUGCCGGCCGAAGUACGUCAUCUGAUCCCUGCUUCAGUAUCAAUAGUGGAAAACCCAUGCGACCGCGCCACGAACAACCUGCGCGUGCAUUACGACCGACCUUCACCGCCCGCACCGCGCAAGGAAUUCGCUGUCUGCGUCAAGGGGCUCGACUUUCUUCACGAGGACUUAUCUGUUCGCCUCGUCGAGUGGAUAGAAAUAGUGCGUAUACUUGGCGCCGACAAGAUUUUCUUCUACGAAUUGCAAGUGCACCCGAACAUAACGAAAGUGUUAGACUAUUAUAAAGGGCUCGGUUUGAUCGAGGUGACCCCGAUCACGCUGCCCGGCGGCCAGCCGAACCUACCUGGCCUGCAGCAUAUGUAUUUGAAGAAAAAGACAACACACAAACGCCAGAUGGAGCUGAUACCGUACAACGACUGUUUGUACCGGCACAUGUAUGAGUAUCGUUGGCUGGCGUUACUUGAUAUAGAUGAGGUGAUAGUUCCAUUGGAAGACGACGAUUGGAGCGGGCUGAUGAAACGCAUACUGCCCCUGUCGGUACCCGCUGCGGGGAAACCGGCGCGCUCGUCGUACCACGCGUCCAACUUAUACUUUUUGGACUCAUUGCGUCACGAGCACGGCUGGGAGGAGGGCGUGCCCCGUUACAUGCACAUGUUGCAGCACGUUUACCGAACGCGCAACUUCACGAAGCCGGGACAGUACGUGAAAGCGUUCCACGAGACGGACCGUGUGUUAGCGCUACACAAUCAUUUCCCGCUGGCGUGCUUGGGCGGUGCGUGCUCGUCGUACGCGUUGGAGACGCGUCACGCUCGCUUGCAGCACUAUCGCGCUGACUGCGUGACAGCGCUGAGCAAAACAUGCGCCGACCUCAGAGCGCAGCCCGUGCGGGACACUACACUGUGGCGCUGGCGGGGUCCACUUCUAGAACGUGCUGAAAGAGUACUACGCGAUCUGUCGUUCUUGCCGCCGCACCGGUGA